CCCGCCUCUUAUCACUUGCUGUUCCCUGGUGUGGACUCGUAGGGGACUCUCAAACCAUCUACCCUUUUCGGAGAUGGAGCUGCAAGAGAUGGCUGUCUCUCGACUCAGGGAAGCCCUUCCAUGACAUGAGAGCACGCAGCGUCACGGCCAUAAUCAGCCUCCCAGCAUCCUAAAGACGAGCAAUCGACGACAUGGCAUCCGACGUGAAGCAACAGCCACCCGCGGUCGACGCUGCAGGGACUCUUGACGAGCAACAGAAUGGAGUCACGACGCAAACCAAAGUUGGAGACGAUGGCCGCGUCAACAUCACCAUCCAAGAAAUCAACCAACUCCUCGCCGACCAGAUCGAACAACUCCAGCUCUCCCGAGUCCAAGAGGGACUCGCCGCCCCUCCUCAGACAGCCCAUACUCUCUUAGAGGCGAGUCGCAGACCCUCCAGGACCCCUCCGCCCCUCAAUGUCGUCGUCCAAGUCGUCGGGUCGCGCGGCGACGUCCAGCCGUUCGUCGCCCUCGGGCUGGUCCUGAAGAACCAGUACGGCCACCGCGUCCGUCUCGCGACGCACGGGACCUUCAAGAAGUUCGUCGAGGAGAAUGGGCUCGAAUUCUUCGACAUUGGCGGCGACCCUGCGGAACUCAUGGCCUUCAUGGUCAAGAACCCCGGGUUGAUCCCCGGGAUGAAAUCCAUCAAGGAAGGCGAUGUGGGGAAGAGACGCAGAGGCAUGGCCGAGAUUCUCGAAGGGUGUUGGAGGUCGUGCGCCGACUUCGACGAGGUGAAGGAGGAGGAAGGCGGAACGGGAGCAGCGCCCAAGAAGAAACCGUUCGUCGCACAUGCGAUCAUUGCGAAUCCGCCUAGCUUUGCACACAUCCAUUGCGCCGAGAAGCUGGGCAUUCCGUUGCAUCUGAUGUUCACGAUGCCCUGGUCGCCGACGCGAGAGUUUCCGCAGCCCAUCGCGAACAUCAAGUCGUCAAAGGCCAGCGGAAGCAUGACCAACGAGAUGAGCUAUACGCUAGUCGAUAUGAUGACCUGGGAAGGCCUGGGCGACAUCACGAACAAGUUCAGAAAAGAGACGCUGGGUCUGCAUAUCCUUUCCCAGGCGGCGGCAACUGACAUGCUUCAUCGUCUACGGAUACCUUAUACUUACUGCUGGUCUCCAGCACUCAUUCCCAAGCCUAAGGACUGGGGCCCUCACAUUACCAUUGCAGGGUUCUACUUUCUCUCGUUGGCGUCAAAUUACCAGCCAGACCCUUCUCUGGCCGAGUUCCUCGCGGCAGGCCCACCGCCCGUUUACAUCGGCUUCGGUUCCAUCGUCGUGGACGAUCCCAACGCCAUGACAAAACUCAUCUUCGACGCAGUCAAGAAGACUGGACAACGUGCUUUGGUAUCCAAGGGAUGGGGUGGGUUGGGAGGAGACGACCUGGGCAAACCUGACAAUGUGUAUAUGCUGGGCAACGUACCACAUGACUGGUUAUUCCAACACGUUUCCUGCGUCGUGCAUCACGGUGGCGCUGGUACGACCGCGGCUGGGAUCGCCUUGGGUCGGCCGACAGUGAUUGUCCCUUUCUUUGGCGACCAGCCCUUCUGGGGAGCCAUGGUGGCCAGGGCCGGCGCGGGCCCGACGCCGAUUCCCUCCAAGGAACUGACCGCAGAUCGACUGGCGGAUGCGAUCCUCGAAGCGCUGAAGCCCGAGACUUUGGAGCGGGCUCGCGAACUGGGUGAGCGCAUCAAGGAAGAAAAGGGCACUGAAGUCGGGGCGGCGAGCUUCCACGCACAAAUGGACCUUGACCGCAUCCGCUGUAUGCUGGCACCCUCACAUCCAGCGGUCUGGUCUGUCAGGACGAAAGGGUCCACCACGGAAGAUGUCCGAUUGAGCGCUUUUGCGGCCACAGUGCUGGGCAAUGAAGGAUUGUUGGACGUGAACCAACUCACCAUCUACCGUCCCUGCGAAUACCCCGUCGAAUUCGGUGCCAUCAGUUCUCAUGUCGCGGGACCCAAUCCGAUGCUGAGUACCAUGGGCUCCAUCACUUCCAGAAUUGUGCAUGCGCCCAUCAACAUAGCGAAGGCUUGGGCCGGAGUGGUCUACGAACCCUACAAGGGGGCCAAAUCCGACGGCUGGAAAGGGUUCGGAAAGGGCCUGGGAAGGGGCAUUGGGCACUUACUGUUUGCCCCGAGGGGACUGGUGAUUGGUCACGCUGCAUAUGGAACGAGGGUUUUGUACGAAGCGAUCAAGAAGAGAUUGGACGGGGACCCGACGCUGAGUUACAUCCUUGCCACGAGGUAUAUCGAAGGGUUUGGGGAAGCGAGCAAGGCCACGGAAGAGGAGAAGGUAGAAGUGGUCAGAAGAUGGAAUGAGAUGAAACCGGAAUUGAAGAUGGUCGAAUCGAGGUCAAGCGUUGGCAGUAGUCACGCAGACAAGGGAGACAGCGGGUCGGUUCUGUCCCGGCUGACGAGCCAUUCUAGCUCCAAGAGUGCGAAGAGCAGCAAGAGUUGGAAGAGAGACAAGAACUUCACGACUGAGACCAUCAGCGAAGCGAGCGGCACGCUGACUCCCAAUCCCCCUGCGCCAGAAAAGGAGGCUGGAAUAGAAACACAGGCAAGUGCCUAACCGGGAGGCCAGGCGGUGUGGUGUUUUGGAAAGGCUGGACACAUCUGGAGGAGCAAGAUUCUGGGAUUUGCCAUUGGACACUGGACAAGCUGCUGCGUACAGCGUAAUGAUAUGACGAUAUCUGUGCCACCGAGCCAGUCUCUUCUCGUCCAAUCUCUCUGCUCCAAAGACUGAGAUGAGUGGUGGGCCAUGUUUGCUGAUUUCUGUCUCGACCACAGACCGCCGGACUCGGAGGGAUUGAGCAAACAAAAGCUGGUUUCAGCACCUCUCUGCUCCUCACCGCCGCUCGACCUUAUAAGACGACUGCUGUCUCACUCAGCAACUAUUUUUUCAACAUUCCUUGUAGGAAGACCAGGCGUUGGUGGUUGGCUUUUGAUCAUCUCCUUAUAUAUCAGCAUUGCGACCUUUGCCAUUCGAAGCAUUGUCUGAUGUUCAGUCAGUCUCCGUGCCUCUUCACACAGCAGCAUCACGAUGGAUGGAUUCGGAUAUGACCAUCAUCACUCCAUCACUUUCCCCUCGACGAAGCAGCAAUCGAGUCAUGGCGGCACCUCUCGAACCAUCGAUGAAGAAUUUUGCGAACAAGCAGAGUCACGCCAGCAUUGCCAGAGCAAACCAUGAUCCAUGCCACAGUCGUCGAGAAUGCAACCAUCAUCAUAACAUGCCACCGUAUACUGCCUCAUCCUGACCUCAAGACCAUGUCCGUCCCACCUUUUAGCCCCGGCGCACUCCUAUCAUAUCCGCCGCGAAGCAGGCCGCCUUGUUUUGAACAGCAUUCCGCAGAAAGAUCGGUGGACACGCGGAGCAAAAAGCAAACGAUCCGUCGAGAACCGCUGCAACAUCGAGCGGAUGAACAUGCUAAAGGUGUCAACCAGAGGACCAAUCUCAGCCACUCC